AAUGAGAUAUCUGGAGCUGUGAUGAUGUUAAGUAAUGCAUGAAUUCACUCCACGCGACGCGAGGCGCUCCACAACCACCGGAGCGUGGCCGGCGGAGGAAGAAGAAGAAAAAGUCACGUCCAGACGAAAUCAGCCAGAUCAGUUGGUCCAGUUAACAUAACCUAUUAUUCUAUCAACCUGCAAUGAAUCUCCUCUUGCUUUCCACCUUGGCUUUGAUGGACUCGGUGAGUCGUAGUGUGUGUCAGAAAAAAUUAUACAUGACGAGUCUUCCGUCGGUGCCAAUAUUUCAGAUACCUCAACAGCCAUUUAUUGUGCCUUUUACAGAGCUUGAUAAUAUUCGCUCUGAAUCCCAAGUCAAUGGAGCCCACCACAAAGAUCAAGGAUUCUUUGAUAAGUACCACAAAAGCAAUGACAAAAAGAAAUAUUCGUCACAUCAUGACAAGCAUUCAAAACAUAAGGCAUUAAAGGAAGCUGAGCACAAAGAUGCAGGAAAAGGCUCAAAAGUUGGCGAAUAUGCACACAAGCGCGUGAAGAAGAAGAAAACCAAGCAUGAAAAGGAGAAGAAAGGCAAGCACAGCAAAGAAAAAAGUGGCAAACACGGAGGUAAAAGUGGUCACAAGAAAAAGAAUGAAAAGCACACAUUAAAAGAGGGCUUUCAUGAUAAAUACCACAGAGAUGAAGAAAAGGAGGACAACAAGUUUUAUAGCAACCACAAAGAGUCUGGUACUUUCAUGAAAUUUAAAAAGAAAAAACAUACGAAAAAGAAGAAGGAUGAAGCAGCAGACAAGAAAAAUACAAAGAAGACUGAAAAGAAGGCAACAAAGUACGACAAAAAGAAGAAAGGAAAAAGUGAUAAGAACGUCAAGAAGGGAUCUGGCUACAAACACGAGUCCGGCAAGGAUAUCAACUACUCAAACGAGAAAAACUACGAAAACCAGGAAUCAUACAAACAUCACAAGAAAUAUAAAGACAAGAAUAGAUGAUCAUGAAACAGAUCUCAUUCACUGUACACAGAACACGCCCGAAUCGAUAAGGAGAUAUCUCUUUCCAGAAAAGAAAGCAAGACAAUCUGACAUAAUUUAUCUUACUCUCGAUUUUCUGCUGCCAAUUUUUUCCCCCGAUUUGCAAAUAGUUACAUUUCGUAACAUCAAAUAGAGGCAGGAAGGGCGCAUCGAGCAUUAAAUACUUUUAUUGAACUAAUCUCUUUAAUUGGUCCUCUCCCUCCUUUUUCAUGGAAAGAGGCCGCAAAAACGUUUACUGAGGAUCCUUUCAAUGAUGGCAUUCGAAUUUGAAACCUCCAUUGCAAGUUUGUCAAAGGACAACAAUUCGCUAAUUGAAAAAUAAUUAUUUGUGCUGAGUUAUUGCAAAAUUUUCUCCCUUAUUUUUUUAAUGCUGGUUAUGUUGGUUCCGUUUGUCGUAUUUGAAGUAGUGCUUCAGAUAUAGGGUAUCCUGGCCGAAGAUCUACGACCAACGUCGUUGGGCUUCAUUUUUUAAAGAGCGGAACAUUUUGUUCGAGUUCACGUCUCACGCCGACGCGACAUAGCGCCUUCAAUUUUACAGUUGCAACACGGACAUCCAUCAAGCACGAAUAGUUGUAUCUCCGCGCCGUCAUCAAAACGCAUCUUUCUCCUUGCUCUAUUUUCAUAUUUCGUUUGCUUCGUUGCUCUUAUUUGUAGUGGUGCUUUAAGGGCCAAGCAGGCAACAUAAGCGCCGAAGGUAGGAAAAACGUAAUCCGAUCUCGUUUUUAAACUUAUGCGACUUAACUUAGCGACCUCUCAAUUUGAAUUUUGCGUUCGCAACAUGGACAUCUAUUAA